AUGUCAGGCCCGUGGAUCUGGGCGGCCCGCGAUCCCGAUUUCGCGGGCGACCAGGCUGUCCAUGGGCAGUCGUAUUAUGAGAUCGCCUUGUACGACGACGCCUACGUCGACCAGGGCACGGGCAUCGUGUACACGCUGGGCUCCGGGAAGGUCGGGGACGCUAUCCCCGCGGAGUUCGUGUGUUCGAGUGAUGCUUUCUAUGCGUGGUGGAUGGAAAUUGAGGUGAAGGACAAGAAGGGGGAGUACCACUUUUGCAGCACCUCGCGCGACAGGUGCAAGUUCAAAGGGAAGGACGUGGUCCACGUCGACGGGUUCCCGUUGCUCGAGGGCGCGGACUCGGCGGCAGAGGCCAUAAAGUGGCUCAAGGAGGAGAAGCGGCCCACUGGCGAGCCAGCGCCGGCGGCGGCUGGGCAGCUAUUCGAGCCGCCUGGCGCUGGCGGCCCAAACGACCUCCAGAAGAACCUCCGGGAGCUCCGAGAAGCAGUCCGCGGGGCCACCGACGAGCGGGCUGGCCGGGACGCGGGCCGGCGUGGCAGCGACGGGGACUGGCGCGAGCGGCGCGACAGGCCGGAGAGGGGCUGGUGCCGGGAGCGGCCGCGCAGCCAGGAGCGCCGCGACGGGCCAGAGAGGCACGGCCAGCCCCGGCAGCGCCACCGCAGCUGGGAGCGCCGGCGCAGCCG